AUGUUUGGCUGUGGAUCUUUGCUUACUGAUGAGCUUGUACUAGCAGCUGGUCCAGGUAGAGCCGAUGUUGCCACUUGUAAUGCAGGCAGUAGUGGCGCAGAAUUAGGAUUAGCUGGUUGCUGUCGAACAUCCGAUUUUGAAUCCAUUUGCAGUCAGUUUCCUUCCCGUACUGCGGCGAUAACGUCCGGCAUCUCCUUCCCCUCUGAUUUCCUUCUUUUUCUUGGCUCGGAAGCCUUGGAAACUAUUAUGAUCGACCAACCCAUCUUCCAAGAAGGACGCACCAUAUCCGUGGUUCGUUACGGAAGUGGGCGGAGUGAAAAGCACGCUGAACUAUCGAUAUCGUUAGCCCAGCAGUUGAAGUGCCAAACUCUAGCCAAUCAUUUGUACAGACUUGGCGGAAGGGGUGGAUCAACAGCAAAAUGA